AUGUCCGAUAUAAUCGAGCGUGACGCGCCGGCCGCGCGCGCAAUCACUCCCCCAUCGCCAUCGCCGUCCCCGCCAGCAUCGUCGCGCAUGCUCGCGGGCUCGGGAUCGGCCGGCUGGCCAGGCGCCAAGAACCCCGCCGCCUCCACUCUUCCCGCGUCUCUCACCAUGCCCAGCGCAAGGUCCUCGACCUCCCCUUCCUCCUCCUCGGCGUCGUCCCCGACAAAGACCUCGACGCCCACAGCGACCACCGUGACGAGCAUGAGCGCGCGCGCGAGCUCCAAUGGCUCGCCCUCGAAACACGCGCGCACCGAGAGCAACCAAAGUGCGGUCAGCACCAACACGACCUCGGACGUGUCGUUUGAAGAGGUCGGCUUUGACGACGGUACCUCCCCCUGGACCGAGGCGCCCAACCUCUCGAGCUUGCACUCUGGCUCGCCCGCAAGGAGCGAGAGGACGGUCCUGGGCUCGUUGGCGACCAGUACUUCGUCGCCGGCACGCGCGAGCGUCAAGACAAUCGGCAGUGUGUACAGCGGCCACUCGGCGGGCACCUCGCCAGCCAAAUUUGGCGGACUAGGCCUGAGCGUCAUGGGCGGGCGCGAGGGCGAGAUCCCGCUCGUCCUCGGUAUCGCUGUUGUGGACUUUAACCACCUCAUCGGCCCCACUGUCGAGUUUGCGUACCCCGAGUCCCUCGCGGCGGCUGUCCAGGCCGAUGACGACCUCGCACGCCUCCUCCCCUUCCUUGCGCUCCCGGACGGCUCCCACCUCAGCGACGAGGAUUACUCAUUCUUCCACUGUAUCUAUCAGCCGCCAGCCGAGGGCGCCCCCGAGACCGAUGUCCCAGGCAACCGCACCCUCUUUGGCAUCUCGUGCAACCGCCAGAUCGCGGCCGCCGACCUCCUGCGCAAGGGCUCGGACGUGACACGGAGCAUGGUCCAAAAGGCAGUCAUCGUGCUGGCAUCGCAGCCAGUCUUUGGGCCCGUGCGCGACCGCCUCGGCGUCGUGACGCGUGCAUUCUUUGCCCAGCGCGACUUUGGCAACACUCAGAUCCUCGAGGACUUUUACGAGUCGCUCAACGCAAGCUUGGAAGGCAAGGCGGGCGAGAAUGCUAUUUAUAUGGGAACCUCCCUUCGCGAGCUGGUACACAAGUUCCGGCACCGUACCCUUGUGCUCCUCAAGAUGCUCCUUUUGCAGAAGCGUAUCAUGCUGUUUGGCUACCCCGUCGAGAUGCUGUGUACAUACCAGUACAGCCUCGUGUCCUUGGUACCAGGUCUCCUUAUGUCUUUGCGGGACUGCGGUGCACCCCAUUUGGACGGGCGCAAGAACCGUCUCCGUCCUACCUCAUUGCGCACGAGCGAUCGUGCCAGUCUCUUGCGAUACAUGGGUCUUCCCCUGCACCUCUUCGGUGCCGACGCCAUGUUCCAGCCGUAUCUCCCUCUCCAGCAAAUGGACAUGCUGCAGGCCCACGCGUGGCUUGUGGGCACCACCAACCAGAUUGUCACUCAGCAGCGGGACUGCAAGUAUGACGUCCUUGUCAACAUCGAGCAGAUGAGCUUCACAUUCUCGGAUCCCAAGAUCGAGAGGUUGGUCCAGCUCACCACUGCCGACCGCAAGUGGAUGGACGACAUUGUGCGCGUCGUCGAGGAGUCUUGGAACAUGCCCGAGGGAGAACGACCUGGCUUUGUGGGCAGCGACGACGACCUCCGUGCACGAUUCGAAGAGUACAUUUGCGCCUUCCUCGCGUCGCUCAAGUACUCUGACUUCCUGUCUACCAACGGCGCAGCAAUGGGUGCGGCUGAGCAGAACCCUCUCGUCGCCUUCUCCGAGCCAUAUGCGGCCGCGUUCCGCCGGACAACCGCGUUCGAGGUGUGGGACUCGACCACCGACCCCGUCAUCUUUGACCUCAGCGAGCCGCGCCACCCAUGCGACGGCCAGUCCAACGCCGUGUCCGACAUUGGCAUCCGCAUUGCCGAGGGCCUGCACGACCUGCGUCUGGACGAGAGUCUGGCCCCCACACGCGAGGCUCUGUCCACGGCGUUCGCCACAACCUCGUCGUCCUUCUUCAAGGCCUUUGACGGCGUGCGGUCCGAGGUGAACAACCGUAUCGAGGCCGAGCGCCAGCGUCGUGCUGCCGCAGCAGCAGCGGCAGCGGCCAACCCCCCUGCCAACCCCCUGCCCACGACCGCCGAGACACCUACAACUCCUACAAUGGCCGCCGAGGCGCCCGUCCCGGCCCCGGCACCUGCUGCUGCUCCUGCACCCGCUGCACCCCAGCCGUCGACGGACAUGCGCGCUGCCCUGGGCAACUUUGGCUCGUCCGUGGGCUCGUUCUUUGGGUCUCGUAUUGCCAGCUUGCAGAAGCAGGCACCUCCGCCAGAGAAGAAGAGCGGGCUGAGGCCAAUGAGUCUCCAAGCAUCGUCCCUCCAGAACGGCAGCCCCCGCUCGAGCCCGCAGAAGAAGCCUAGCGGAACCGGAAGCCCUUCAUAA